AACAUAGGUGAUGGAUGAUUUUUGCUCUGUAAAAUGAAUGGAAGUAAUACGCCCACCUCAUCCUCACCAGAACACAAACUCAACACAUUAACAAACCCAAAUAUCAAUAAACCAAGUGAAAAUUCUUCACAACCUCAUUAGCUCAUGAUAACGAUGAUGCUCUCUUCAUUUUUAGUGUCACCAUCUUCUUCCUUAGCCCACAGUCGUAAAUCUUCAUUUCUUCAAGGAAACCCAACACACGUAACCAAAAUCAAGAACCCAUCUUUUUUAAUUGGGUUCUCCAAGUAUAAUGGAGCAGCAAAUUUCGCUCAUCCGUUCAUUGAUUCUUCUCUGAGGGCAUCAGUGAAAUGCUUCUCUCAGGAAGAAAAGCAGCAGUUGCUGCAAGAAGAUGAUGUGGAAGUUCAUGAAUUCGGGAGGCUGUUUUCAAAUCUCAAUCAAGCCACAUUGAAGAGGGAACCUGGAAGCCUAAGCAGUUCAAUUUUUCUCGUUGCUGGCACCACUAUAGGUGCAGGGAUACUUGCCAUUCCCGCCGUGACACAAGAAUCUGGAUUCCUGGCAUCUGCAGUAACCUGCAUCUUAUGCUGGAUAUUUAUGGUCAUCACUGGACUUCUCAUUGCUGAAGUAAAUGUGAGCACAAUGCGUGAGCUUGGUACUGGUGGUGUUUCAUUGGUAUCAAUGGCCAUGAGAACCCUUGGAAAUGUUGGAGUGCAGGUUGCCUGCUGGUCCUACAUUUUCAUCCACUAUGCCCUCCUUGUUGCCUAUGUGGCUCGUUCCUCAGAAAUUCUGACAAAUUUCCUCGGCAUUCCAAUAUGGGAAACUGCAACACUGUUUUCAAUGAUUUUUGGAGGUCUAUGCUACUUUGGAAGCCAGGGGAUUAUUGGAGCAGUGAAUGGUGCUUUAGUAAUUAGCAUAAUAGCUUCUUUCGUGGCACUUGUGGUGGUGGCAAGUGGAGACUUACACUGGGAUUUUCUUCUAAAAGCCAACUUAGAGGCUGCACCUCGAAGUAUACCGAUUAUAGCACUUUCUUUUGUUUAUCAGAAUGUGGUUCCAGUUCUUUGUACAAAUCUUGAAGGCAACUUAUCAAAAGUAAGGACUGCGAUUGUUGCAGGCACUGCUAUUCCACUAGCCUUAUUUCUUAUCUGGAAUGCAGUCAUUCUUGGGAUCAUUCCAACUCCUGAAACAGGAUCAAAUACAUUUGUCGACCCACUACAACUACUGCGGUCAACUAACGAGGUUGUCGGGCCAAUAGUUGAUGUGUUCUCUGUUCUUGCCAUUGCGACCUCUUACAUUGGGUUUGUUCUCGGCCUCUCCGACUUCCUUGCUGACUUGCUGAAACUCCCGGGUGGUGAGAACAGGGCGCUGCCAUACGUCCUUACUCUAGUUCCUCCGUUGAUAUUGUCUUUGCUGGAUCCAGAGAUAUUUUUCAAAGCAUUGGAUUUCGCUGGGACUUAUGGAGUGUUGGUGCUGUUUGGAGUCCUUCCGGCCGCAAUGUCGUGGUCGGAUAGAUAUUCGGUGGGAUCGUCGGAGACUCCCCCAUUGGUUCCCGGAGGAAAACUGACGCUCUCACUGGUAAUGGCGGGAUCAGGCCUUGUCAUUCUUACUGAAAUUCUUGAGAAUUUCGGACGCGCAUAACCAUCGCCAUCGCCACGGUGAUUGCCUUGUCGGAACACCGGUCGAGACGCGGUAGCCGUCUCCAUCAUCAAGAUGAUCGGAUGGGGUGUUACAUAAAAAUGCAUACCUCGUGAAUUUACUUUAUAUAUUUGUUUUCAGCAUUGUGCAUAUUUCUUUUUUUUUGGGAUAAGCAUUGUGCAUAUUUCAAUUGAACAGUUUUUAAUUUUUUUGUGUUUAGCAUUAAGCUAAAAAUAUGAAUAUACUUUGACUGUCUCUGACUCCAUGACAAAAAUUCUACUAAAGUAAAAAAGAGACCUAUUCAAAUUAAUUGGACAAUUUUUGGAUUUA